AUGGAAAAUAUUCUUCAGAACUUUAAGAUGCAGGAGAAUGCAAAUCUCUCGAACAUUCAGUAUAAGUUCAGAGACCUGACCAUAGAAGAACUAAAGAAUGUUAACCAGACCUACCCAAACUUCACAUUCUCCAUGAACACGUACACCUUCAAGGAUGGAUCCCAGAAGGACCUCCUGAAUUUUAGCGGUACUGUUCCAGUGAAAUAUGGUAAUUCCUAUAACAUACCUGUUCGUCUGUGGAUUCUGGAUUCUCAUCCCUUUGCUCCCCCCAUUUGUUUCUUGAAGCCGACGUUGAACAUGAGCAUUUCAGUGGGAAAGCACGUGGAUGCUCGUGGCAGGAUUUAUUUGCCCUACCUGCAAAACUGGAGCCAU